AUGAGAGAUUUCCUUUUUUCGUUGCUGAUUUGCGGCAUUUGGUCAAUAGGAGUUUCUCAAUAUGGACAACCGGCAGCUGGUAACUCUCCAGCCACUUCAUCUUCACUUUACUUGAGUCCAUAUUACUAUGAUGAUAGCUCGUCAAGUAGCAGCAGUAGCCAAGAGGAGUGCAGUGAGAGUCGAGUGAAACACGCGAAAUGCCCAAAGGGACUCGAUUCGAACGGGACGAGUUGCAAGACACCAAAUACCAGGCGAGUCGAAAUGAACGACAAAGAGUACUUGGAAGUGACGUGUAAUGGACAGAAGCGCUGGACAGCUCUUGUCACAAAUUCUGGAAAGGUGAUCAAUGUGGCUUUCGGGAAAUUGGAGCAUGUGCUGGCUUGCUCGGACAGAAAAAACGAAUGGAAAACCUUCACAUAUCAAGGAAAGAGAAUUCACACAAGACACGUUUUUUGUGUUCAUGGAAAACUCGUUGACGAAUUUUUGGAGCGAGGAGCAACAACAACUACCACUUCUACGACUGCCACAACAACAACAACCGCCAUACCAGACAAACUCAUCUUUGCACUCCCUAAAUUCGAUGACAGUAUUCUUUCAACUGCUUCUCGAUUCAAAAGACAAGCAAACAGCAAUCAAUGCUUUGACUGUCAAACGAUGGCUGAUGCAAUUGCUCAAAUAUUGACUCAAUUGAAAGCCUCAGGCGAACAAACGGUCGCGUUUUUCACUUUUGGUCUCGAUCAAACAGAUCUCACAACUCCGACCAACAUUGAUGAUGCGAUUGCUCAGAUUCAGAGCUUUUCUUGCGCUGGUUCGACGAAUAAAGGAGUCAACGAGGCAAGUGGAUUGCAAGCUCUUUCUCAACAAGCUGCGACUGGAGACAGUGUCGUUUAUUUUGCACCGUGCACUUUCAUCAAAGUCGAUACCGAUGUAAGCACGAUCACUGAGCAGUUCAAAACAAUCUUGUCUGGGAAACUUGUGAUUCAAAAAGAAGGCGCUGACUCGACACCAUACACGGCUGCCGGCAAUGUUGCUGUCGUUCAAGCAGACACUCCAACGGCUAUUGCAUCAGAGUCAGUUCAAGUCUUGGAAAGCACAACCACGACGACAACGACAGAGCUACCGACUACAACAACGACCUCAAUUGAUACAACGACAACUCCAACAGGGACAACAACUACCACUACCGGCACCACCACAACUCCUGGAACAACAACGACCACAACAAUACAACAACCACUACUGGAACAACCACAACUCCUUCCGGAACUACUACCACAACCACUACUACCACUACGACAACAACAACUCCAACUACCACCACGAGUACUACGACUACCACACCUACGACGACGACAACAACCACAACCACGACUACAACAACUACAACGACUACUACCACGACAACGACUACAACGACAACCACUACCACGACAACAACUACAACAACGACCACUACUACGACAACGACAACGACGACGACAACCACAACGAACGACUACAACGACUACAACGACCACAACCACCACCACGACAACGACUACAACAACAACUACCACCACUACAACCACUACUACGACAACGACAACGACGACCACAACAACAACUACCACCACUACAACCACUACUACGACAACGACAACGACCACUACCACCACCACAACGACAACGACAACCACGACUACAACCACAACGACAACGACAACUACCACUACUACAACCACAACCACCCCCAGAUGUGCCACAUGCUCAACAUUCGCAAUCAGUGGCACUGGCGCUACAUCAUCAACCACAACCAACAUGAAUAGUGGAUCGAGAAUUCAAUCGGGAACCGGUGCAUCGGGGAUCAAUGUUCAGGCGUGCAGGACAAUUACGCUAAAUCUCGUGUGCAACACGAACGGUCAAUGGGCCAAUGCAGCCAACGCUACUGAGAGAACCGCCACAACGAUGACUUGCAGCUCGGCGAACGGUGGAAGUUGCGGCGGUGGU